AUGGGAGACAAUUCAUCCCCCACACACUACUACGACCUCCCACACAGCGUCACACACUACCACGACCUCCCACACAGCGCCACACACUACUACGACCUCCCACACAGCGUCACACACUACCACGACCUCCCACACAGCGUCACACACUUCUUCGACCUCCCACACAGCGUCACACACUACCACGCCCUCCCACACAGCGCCACACACUACUGCGACCUCCCACACAGCGCCCCACACUACUACGACCUCCCACACAGCCCCACACACUACUGCGACCUCCCACAUAGCGUCACACACUACUACGACCUCCCACACAGCCCCACACACUACUGCGACCUCCCACACAGCGUCACACACUACUGCGACCUCCAACACAGCGUCACACACUACUACGACCUCCCACACAACGUCACACACUACUACGACCUCCCACACAACGUCACACACUACUACGACCUCCCACACAGCGUCACACCCUACUACGACCUCCCACACAGCGUCACACACUUCCACGACCUCCCACACAGCGCCACACACUACUGCGACCUCCCACACAGCGCCCCACACUACUACGACCUCCCACACAGCGCUACACACUACUACGACCUCCCACACAGCCCCACACACUCAUAUAAUAAGUCGCUUAUUACGUUACUUUUGGUGAAUACAGCAGCGUUGUUAAUGGAUGCAAUUGUUAAAGGAUUGAAGAUUCCUACAUUGACUUUUCCCUACAGAACCCCAGACUUCGGCAAAUCCUACGUUACCACAGACUUCGACAAAUCCUACGUUACCACAGACUUCGAAACAUCCUACGGUACCACAGACUUCGGCAAAUCCUACGUUACCACAUACUUCGACACAUCCUACGUUAGCAAGACCUUGACAUCUCCUACGGUACCACAGACUUCGACACAUCCUACGUUACCUAGACCUUGA